UUACUGCUACAAAAAAGCUCUCCGAAUGGAGUCUUCUCCCCCAGACAAUCCCAUUGGUAUUCCACCUAAUUCGUGUUGUACAGCACUGCAGCCCUGCAUUCCUAUGGCCGCUUUCGUCACCAAUAUAUAUCCGCCAUUUCUUUCCCCCAAUACACGAUAAAACAAGUACCUAUGCGAAUGAUUAAACCCUCGACCCAUAUUGUCGAUUGUUCUGUUGACGCCAUUAGUGUGUAAAAACGAUUGUGCGGUGGACGGGGGUGAGCUGAAAAUGGAAGAGAAUCAAACAUCGGAAAGUGUCGCUGUGCUACCGGACAUGUCCGAAUCGUUAACGAGCGAGACCGAGGAGGCGUCCAGUUUGUCGACUGAACACGAAGCCCAUCCUGUUGCUGUUGCUACUAAUGUUGCUACAGUACCAAGUGUUCAGGGUGUACCGGUAUCAUUGCCUGUUGGCUCCAUCAUUGGAGUGUCCAAUUCAAGCAAUGGCACCACCUUCAACGUCAUCACUUCCGAUGGCCUCCAGCUUCCAACGUCUGGUGAAUUCAAGCAAAUGCUCUGCGUGGACAACGGCUUCAUCUGCGAGCCAAGGCACGACAAAGAUGCUGAUCCACUGCGUUGGAAUGGGGAACUCAAGGCAACUCACAUCGUCAUUCAGAACAGCCCCGAAGAGACGGAAACCGAGCAAAUUCACGUUACCACAGGCAACUCGCAAUCGAUCUGUAGCUGGUCAGAAUCAGCCAACCUGGGAGUCCUCCCAGUGAGGUGCAAGAAUACCAAUGCCGAACUCCACAAGAGUCGCUUUGGCUCGGGGGGCAGAGGGAGAUGCAUCAAACUGGGUAAUGACUGGUACACACCGAGCGAGUUCGAGGCAGCAUGUGGCAGGGCCAGUAGCAAGGACUGGAAGAGGAGCAUCAGGUUUGGAGGCAGGAGUCUGCAAACACUCAUCGACGAAAAUAUUCUCAAGCCACAUGCCACUUCAUGCACAUGUGCUGCUUGUUGCGAUGACGACAGCGCGACAGGUCCAGUUCGUCUGUUUAUCCCAUACAAGCGCCGAAGAAGAGCGCGAGAAGCCUCCGACGGUGAGACACCAUCCCGAAAAAUAAAAAGUGAUAAUUCCCGAGACGGUAGCAAUAACGACGAGAGUGAUAACGACGCAGCUGUUGAGACAAAAGACGUAUGGCCACAGUACGUUUCAGCAGACGGCCUCGAGGUGCACCACGCAGGUGAUGCUGAUCAAGUGAUAUCAACGGUUCACACUGAGAACGGACAGACCGAUGAUGUCUUCAAGAAGUUGGAUGACAUGUCCACGAAGAUGCUCAAGCUCUCAUAUGAGUUCAAAAGAUCUGUUGAGGAGGCCAGGGAGGUCAAUAGACAGCUGAGAAGGGAACAGGCACUUGUGGCUCAGUUAGGGGGAAGGGGAGAUGUCAUUGAGACUGUCGGACUACAGCCAGCACCCAACUCUCAUAAUAAAAAGUGUGCGAAUUGUAACCGUGAGGCGUACGCCGAGUGCUCGUUAUGCAGGCGUACUCCCUAUUGCUCAACAUUUUGCCAGAGAAAGGAUUGGGGAAGCCACCAAGUGGAAUGUGUCCGUGGUGCUGCUGAAACAGUAAUGUUAAUCGUGGAGAGCAGCAGCGCUGACACUGGGGCACUGGCACGUGGCGGUGACGACCAAUAGUUGAUGGUUCUCAUCGAUCAUCCAUCUGGAGAUUCCACUCCACUUCAUCUUCAGACUAACGACGAUGCAUAGAUUAAUCCUAAGAGAGUAAUUAGACAAAAAUCAUCGAUUCAGCUAAAAGAGGCGAACCCUUUGUAUAUAAAUAUAAUUUCUAUGAUGGAAGAGAAUUUUACGAUAAGCCGAAAUAUAAUUCUUUCACGAUUACAUAGAUAUAGAUGAGUCUAAAAACAUUUUUAGCUCAUAAUUUUUUCAUGUUGACUUAAGGUUGAGGUAACUGAAAAUACCUUGCGGAACUUUGAAAUCUGGUGUUAUCACGCGGCCACACGAAAGUGAUAGAUUAGAAAAUAAAAAAACCAAAUUGCACAUCUGGUA